AGGCGGCGCUGCUGAAUCCAGAGGAGGACGGAGGCGGAGGCAGGAAUGCAGCAGGAUGCUCAGUAUUAGACUGCUUUGAAAAUAUUCUUUCUUAUAUUAAAUGCACGAGGACAAUCUCCACCAUGACUGCUGCGGCUGUCGCGGUUUGGCUCGGAACGGUUUACAUUGUGCGUGCCUAUGAUGCAACACGGAGCGCUUCACAUGAGAGAAAUGCCCGUUUGGAGCCACCCUUGGCCUUGAGGAUGAAAUCCGUCUUUUUCAAAGAUGUGGUAACCAUCUUAUCGAGGUCCCAUGGAGACCGAAAUGUGUACCCGUCCGCUGGAGUGCUGUUUGUCCAUGUUCUGGAGCGGGAGCACUUUAAAGGAGAGUUUCCACCAUACCCCAAAUCAGGCGACGCUAGCAAUGACCCCAUCACUUUCAACACCAACCUGAUGGGGUACCCGGACAGGCCGGGGUGGCUGCGCUACAUCCAAAGAACUCCCUACGGGGAUGGCGUUCUCUACGGUUCUCCCACCCCAGAGCACGUUGGCCGGCCUACUGUCAUAGAGAUUACGGCUUAUAACAGGCGCACGUUCGAGACCGCACGGCACAACUUGGUCAUAAACAUCAUGGCAACAGAAGAGUUCCCGCUGCCUUACCAAGCUGAGUUCUACAUCAAGAACAUGAACGUGGAGGAGAUGCUGGUCAGCGAGGUGCUUGGCGACUUCCUGGGCGCAGUGAAGAACGUAUGGCAGCCUGAGCGGCUCAACGCCAUCAACAUCACUUCAGCCCUGGACCGUGGCGGCCGCGUGCCCCUUCCCAUCAACAACUUGAAGGAAGGCGUUUACGUGAUGGUUGGCGCCGAUGUUCCCUUCUCGUCGUGCCUGAGGGAGGUGGAAAGCCCACAUAACCAGCUGCGCUGCAGUCAGGAGAUGGAACCCGCCAUCAGCUGCGAUAAGAAAUUCAGAGCUCAGUUUCACAUCGACUGGUGUAAAAUCUCCCUGGUUGACAUCAACAAAGUAGUCCCAGUUUACAUUACCCGCCCUGACCCCGGUACAGGGAUCCUGCCUGACUUUGGGGAGUACAACCCGCCAUCCGAGUCCCUGAAAAGCAGGGACUACUUUUCUGACUUCCUUGUCACCAUGGCGAUUCCCUCAGCUGUGGCUUUAGUCCUCUUCUUUAUCCUUGGCCACAUUAUGUGCUGCAGGCGGGAAGGGGUGGAAAAAAGAAACAUGCAAACAUCAGACAUCCAGUUGGUUCAUCACAGUGCCAUCCAGAAGUCCACAAAGGAGCUGCGGAGCAUGUCCAAGAACCGUGAGAUCUCCUGGCCUCUCUCCACCCUGCCCGUCUUCAACCCAGUCAGCGGCGAGGUGGUGCCACCCAUCCACCCGGACAACUACGAGACCACCAGCAUGCCCUUGAUGCAGACGCAGUCGAACUUGCAAAACCAGAUAACCAUACCACAGCCACGACCAUCAGGAGAUAACUAUGUCAUGUCCACCUUUCGGCGGCUGGAGGUAAAUGGUAUUCCUGAGGAGAGGAAGGUGGCUGAAGCACUAAAUCUAUGACCAAAAAGCUGACUGUCAGAGUGGCUUUCCCACGUUCCCAGUGUCUGCAUGUCUCACCAGGAAGUUUUUAUGAUCUAGAAAUACGUUUCAAGUCUUAAAAGGGAUCCAGAAGAAUUAGACAUUUUCAGAAGACAUCUAUACUUGUAAAAUGAUUUGAUUUAUAUGUUCAUUUCUGCAAAACAAACACAUCAGAAUAAAAAGCGAGUUUUGUGGUGUUAAUGUUGCAAACAAAAUAAAAGCUUUUUAAAAAAAAUCUACUUUUUUUGUCGUAAAUCAAGCAAAGAAAUCACAUUUUCAGAUUCUGUUUUACUUGAGGUACAAUAGAAUAAAGGCAUUUAUAAAUAUGGGUACAUUUCACACUGUAAGACAUCACCAAAAAAUUAUUUUACAAGUUUAGUUUUUCCAACACUUAUAAAUACCCGUCACUUUUAGAUGAUUAGAUCAUUUAAGACCCGAGACAACGGCCUGUAAGAUGUUCACCAAAAAGCAGGCCAGGAACCAGAAAGAAGUCCUUGUUUGUACCGACAGGAUGGGAUUCACAACUCGCAGGUUUUAAUGUUUCAGUCUGUAACUCAAAAAAAAAAAA